AGAGUAGACAGCAACACAGCAGUAAUAAAUGAAAGUGCGGAAUAAAUUGUCCACGUAUACGGUGUAGCACGAGCGCAACAGGCAUUUAGCUUUCACUUGAAUAAUCAGUGCGCCAACAGAGGAGCUUGCUUUGAUAUAUCCUGGCUAUAAUGUUGGUUAAAGCUGUAAUUUUAAUUGGAGGCAAUCAGAAAGGUACAAGAUUUCGCCCAUUGUCUUUGGACCUCCCUAAACCACUAUUUGCAGUUGCUGGGUUUCCCAUAAUACAACACCAUAUUGAAGCAUGUGUCCAAAUCCCAUUUUUAAAGGAAAUCAUCAUUCUUGGCUAUUAUGCUGUUAGUGAAAUGUCCCAGUUUGUUCUAGAUAUGGUUCAGCUUUACAAGAUAAAUAUAAGGUAUCUUCAAGAAUUUGAACCUCUGGGAACUGCAGGGGGUUUAUAUCAUUUUCGAGACCAAAUUCGCUGUGGGAAUCCAGAUUUUUUCUUUGUGUUGAAUGGAGAUGUCUGUGCUGAUUUUCCUUUAACUGAAAUGUUGGAAUUUCACAAAACUCAUGGAGAGAAACAGAAAGCAAUAGUGACUCUAAUGGCAACUGAAGCUACACGUCAGCAGAGCCUUAUAUAUGGUUGCAUAGUAGAAAACAAGGAAAACAACACAUUGGAACAUUAUGUGGAAAAGCCUUCUACAUUUAUCUCAACAUUGAUCAACUGUGGAGUCUACAUUUUCUCACCAGAAGUUUUCCAUCAAAUGGCCAAUGUGUUCAAUAAGAAACAAAUGGACUUUUACAAUGUGGAAAACGGAAGCAGUAUUGAAAGGGAGGCGUUGUACUUGGAAAAAGAAAUUCUGAUGCCAUUGGCAGGGACUGGGAAAGCUCUUGUUUAUCAAACCAUCAAGUGGUGGUCUCAGUUAAAGACUCCCGGUGCGGCAAUAUAUGCAAAUCGACACUAUCUCAACCUUUUCAGAGAAAGAAGACCUGAAAGGUUAGCCAAAAGCGUUCAGCCGACAAUAAUAGGCGAUGUUUACAUUCAUGCAACUGCUAAUGUUCAUCCUACUGCUGUAUUAGGUCCGAAUGUUAGCAUUGGUGCUCAUGCGACAAUCGGUUACGGAACUCGAAUAAAGGAAUCCAUUGUUCUAGCUCAUUCACGAAUAUUGGACCAUUCUCUAGUUCUAUAUAGUAUUAUCGGAGCAAAUAGUGAAAUUGGAUGUUGGACGCGGGUGGAGGGAACUCCGUGUGAUCCUAAUCCAGAUAAACCAUUCGCCAAAAUGGAAAAUGCUCCGCUUUUUAACGAAGAGGGAAAGUUAAAUCCCUCUAUAACUAUCCUGGGUAAUAAUGUGACGAUUCCAUCUGAAGUUAUUGUCCGUAAUUCUAUUGUGUUACCUCACAAAGAGUUGACGCGAAGCUACAAUAACGAAAUCAUUUUAUAAUGAACCCUUUUUCAUGGUACUACAGAUUUUGUGCUUGAACGAUAUUUCGGUUGAACGAAUUUGGUGAUUAUCAUUUGAAAUCCUUUACGGACAGAUGGUUUCACACACCAAGUGGCUUUAUUAAUGA